AUGCAGGCAGAAUUUGUUCCAGCCGGCUUGGACGAUUUUUGGAGUGAUGUCAUGGCACCUGGCAGCAGUGGCCAAUGGCAACGAGGAUUGGCGGCACCACGACCAGAAGUAUUCAAUACCGAUGACUUUUUCAAUCGAGAACCACCAUCCAACAUUGUUACCUUUAUCAUCGGAGGGGUUCUUUGGAUCCUCAGUUUUGGCGUCUUUCUCCAACGUGUCCACAAGUUGAAGACUCGUACUGAAGGACAACUCAAGGGAUAUGAUCUCUACCGAGGCUUGAUAGGCUGUGCCAUGGACAACGAUUCUCCUUUCUAUACCAUCAUCAGUUUUGCUUCCAUCUCCUUCUUGUUCUUGGGCGGUGUUCAAACCGAUUAUAGAACCACCCUGAUUGUCAUGAUGGCCUAUUAUGCCAUUGUCUCCUUUGGGGAAUCCUUACGAGUCCUCAUGGCCUAUUGGUCCUACAAAUCCCUCAGCGAAGUCUUUUUGUUUACCGAGAUGGACGCCGGCCUCAAAGAAAAACAAAAGGAGGACAAGGACGAAAAGGAUCGCAAAUUUGAAACCAUGGAGGUCCAACCCAAUAACAUUUACGAAGACAUGGGACGGGAAAAGACCAUUGUCAUUAUGAUCUUCUUGACGCAAAUCAUUUUGGUGUCCUUUGUCUGUGUCGAUAUUUAUCGCGCCGAGACGGUGCGAUGUAUGGAUGGGACUGCCAAUUGUCCAGUGGGCGGAACCAUGGGCUCGUAUGGAUUUUACCUCAUGGGAAUCUUCCAAGCCUGUGUCUACUUGUUGGGCCCCAAGACCAACUUUGGUCAAUCGGAACAGAAUCCUGGAUUUUGGCUUAUUUUGUUGCUGGCCUCCAAAAAGAACGGCGCCCGGCUCUUGUGGGAAAAUCCCAUUAAGGAUCCAGCCUUUUCCAAAAACCCGGGCACGUUGAGGGAUCAAAAUGGAAAUUACAUUUUGGAUGCCACUGGAAAUCCAAAACUGUGGCAUCAAAAAAUGUUGAAUCAGGGGGACUUUACCAUGUGGCGCCGUUUCUUCAUGUCCUACUUGGUCAAUGGUGUAGCAUUCCACAUCUUGGUCCAUGCGUUGCCCAUCCAAGUGGCCUCCCAAUCGUCCUUUACCGGAGUGGUCUUUCGGGCCGUAGGUAUGUUGUACCUGGUCGAUUUGGACGAUUCCAAGGGGUUCCGAUUGAUCAUUACCGAAAAGGACGAGGAAAAUGAACCAAAUAAGAAGCCAGAGGGUGAAGGUCCCAUCGAGCCAAGCGAGAAGAAGGAUGACGAUGAAGAGGAAAUGAGACCACCAGGAAAGCAUACUCCCAUGAAAGUUGAUUCCACCGGAGCCGUUACUCCAUUUCAGCCACUGGAGGAAAACCAACAAGCACAAGUCGACGAAAACGCCAUGGCAGCCCAAGCUAACGAAAUCUUGGAAGAAGCCCAGACCAAAUUGGAGAUGUUGCGUCAGAAUGGACCAUCUUCCUCCAAUUUGGCGGCUGUUGGAGGUGGUCUUGGAAGAGAAUCCCGACUCACCAGUGCCCGCAUGAACCGACCAUCCCGCCCCAUUGAUGUCAGCACUCGUCUCAACAUUGGAUUUGGUUGCACCGCCCCCACGGCAGGUGGUGGUCUUACCGGUACUGGGAUUGGUCAAGUAGGCAAGAAGAAUACAGGACAAGCUGCUCUUUUACAAGCCAGUGAAGGACUUGGCCCCGGUGGUGCUGGUGGUCCUAGUGGAGGAACUCCCACCAAUGAUGGUGGAGGAGGAGCGGCAGCUGCCGCGCCUGCUCCAGCAGCGGAUGCUGGUGGAGAUGGCGGUGGUGGCGGAGGAGGUGGAGAGUAA